AUGGGGUUCUGCAACACUGAGGAUAAGAAGAAAUGGCAGAUCUGCUUUAACUUUGGAAAUGGACUUCACUUUGAGGCCUUAAACACCAGAAAUGAAAAUCAGCUGCUUCCUAAACAUACUCACCUCGUACGGCAAAAGCGGGCCUGGAUCACCGCCCCUGUGGCUCUGAGGGAAGGAGAGGAUCUGUCCAAAAAGAAUCCAAUUGCCAAGAUCCAUUCUGAUAUUGCAGAAGAAAGAGGACUAAAAAUUACUUACAGAUACACUGGAAAAGGGAUCACAGAGCCACCAUUUGGUAUAUUUGUCUUUAAUCCAAGCACUGGAGAACUGAAUGUUACUAGCAUUCUUGAUCGAGAAGAAACACCAUAUUUUCUGCUAAUGGGUUAUGCUUUGGAUGAAAAAGGAAACAAUCUUGAGAAACCUUUAGAACUCCGCAUUAAGGUUCUUGAUAUCAAUGACAAUGAGCCAGUGUUCACACAGGAAGUCUUCACGGGGUCCGUUGAAGAGUUGAGUGCAGCACAUACACUUGUGAUGAAAAUCACCGCAAUAGACGCAGAUGAGCCCAAUACCAUGAAUUCUAAGGUUUCCUACAGAAUCGUAUCUCAGGAGCCUGCAUAUCCUCCAGUGUUCUACCUAAAUAAAGAUACGGGAGAGAUUUAUACAACCAGUAUGACAUUGGACAGAGAGGAACACAGCAGCUACUCUUUGACAGUAGAAGCAAGAGAUGGCAAUGGACAAAUAACAGACAAACCAGUCAAACAAGCUCAAGUUCAGAUUCGUAUUUUGGAUGUCAAUGACAAUAUCCCUGUAACGGAAAAUGAAAUGUACGAAGGAACGAUUGAAGAAAAUCAAGUCAAUGUAGAAGUCAUGCGCAUAAAAGUGACCGAUGCAGAUGAAAUAGGUUCUGAUAAUUGGUUAGCAAAUUUUACAUUUGCGUCAGGAAACGAAGGGGGUUAUUUCCACAUAGAAACUGAUGCCCAGACCAAUGAAGGCGUUGUGACCCUUAUUAAGGAAGUUGAUUAUGAACAAAUGAAGAAUCUUGACUUCAGUAUCAUUGUCACCAAUAAAGCAGCUUUUCACAAGUCCAUUAUGAAUAAAUAUAAGCCCACAUCCAUCCCCAUCAAAGUAAAGGUGAAAAACGUGAAAGAAGGCAUCCAUUUUAGAAGCAGCACAAUUUCUUUCCGUGCUAGUGAAGGAAUGGAUAAGUCAAGCCAAGGCUUAUCGAUGGGAAAAUUUCAAGUUUUUGAUGAAGACACUGGACAACCAGCUCAAGUAAAAUAUGCCAAAUUGGAAGAUAAAGACAACUGGGUUUCUGUGGAUCCUGUCACAUCAGAAAUUAAACUUGUAAAAAUUCCUGAUUUUGAAUCUAGAUAUGUCCAAAAUGGUACAUACACUGUAAAGAUUAUGGCUAUAUCAGAUGAUUAUCCUAGAAAAACCAUCACUGGCACCGUCCUUAUCACAGUUGAAGACAUCAAUGACAACUGCCCCACACUGGUGGACCCAGUGCAAAACAUCUGUGAGGAUGCGCCAUACGUGAACGUUACUGCAGAGGACCUUGAUGGAUACCUGAACAGUGAGCCAUUCAGCUUCUCUAUCAUUGAUGAACCACCUGGAAUGGCAGAAAAAUGGAAAAUAAUACGACAAGAAAGUACCAGUGUGCUGCUGCAACAAAGCGAACAGAAGCUGGGCAAGAGUGAGAUUCAGUUCCUGAUUUCAGACAGUCAAGGCUUGAGUUGUCCUGAGAAGCAGAUCCUUAAGCUCACCGUCUGUGAAUGUCUGCAUGGCAGCGGCUGCGUGGAAGCCCAGCAUGACUCCUACGUGGGCCUGGGACCCGCAGCAGUGGCGCUCAUGAUUUUGGCCCUUCUACUCUUGCUACUUGUGCCACUUCUGCUGCUGAUGUGCCAUUGUGGAGAGGGCGCCAAAGGCUUUACGCCCAUACCUGGGACUAUAGAGAUGCUGCACCCUUGGAAUAAUGAAGGGGCGCCACCUGAAGACAAGGUGGUGCCAACCCUGCUGGCAGUGGAUCAUGCAGAGAAUUCAGCAGUAAGAAAUGGAAUAGGAGGUACAAUGGCCAAAGAAGCCACCAUGAAAGGAAGUAGCUCUGCUUCCUUUACCAAAACACAGCAUAAUUUGUCGGCGAUGGAUGGAAGAUGGGAAGAACAUAGAAGCCUCCUUUCUAGUGGGGCAACCCAGAUUAUGGGGACAACAGGAGGCAUGGUGGGUGGUGCUGAAACCAUGAGGACCACAAGAGCCACAGGCGCUUCCGGAAACAUGGCUGGAGCUCGAGCAGGUGCUGUGGCAGCGAAUGAGGAGUACUUAAGAAAUUAUUUCACUGAGAAAGUGGCUUCCUACACUGAGGAAGAUGACGUUCACAUGGCCAAGGACUGCCUUCUGGUUUAUUCUCAGGAGGAAACGGAAUCUCUACAUGGCUCCAUCGGCUGCUGCAGCUUUAUUGAAGGAGAGCUAGAUGACCGCUUCUUAGAUGACUUGGGACUUAAAUUCAAGACACUCGCUGAAGUUUGCUUGGGUCAAAAGAUAGAUAUGGAUAUGGAAAUAGAGCAGAGGCAAAAACCUGUCAAAGACACAAGUAUGAAUACAGCUCCACGGUCACUCAAUGACCAAACUGUGGUGAACUCAGAGACUUCCUACUCCUCUGGCAGCAGCUUCCAAGUUCCAAAAUCUCUGCAUGAAGCAAAUGCAGAAAAAGUAACUCAGGAAAUAGUCACCGAAAGAUCUGUAUCUUCCAGGCAGGGUCAAAAGGUAGCACCACCUCUUGCUGAGCCCUUGCCUUCUGGUAAUAUCAUAAUGACAGAAACGUCCUAUGCCACGGGCUCCUCUAUACCACCAAGCACUGUGACCCUGGGUCCUAGACAGCCCCAGAACCUCAUUGUGACCGAGAGGGUAUAUGCUCCAGCUUCCACCUUGGUGGAUCAGCAUUAUGCUAAUGAGGGUAGUGUCAUGGUAACUGAAAGAGUAAUUCAGCCCAACGGAGGUGUCCCUAAUCCUCUGGAGGGUACCCAGCAUCUGCAAGAUGCACAGUAUGUUAUGGUGAGGGAGAGAGAGAGAGUCCUUGCCCCCAGCUCAGGGGUGCAAUCCACUCUGGUUGUGCCCAAUGUGGCAGUAGGACAGAACGUGACAGUGACUGAAAGAGUGCUAACACCUGCUUCUACUCUGCAAUCCAGUCACCAAAUUCCCAUUGAAACCUCUAUGAAGGCCAGAAAUGUGGUUUCUGGUGCAGGGGUCUCUGACCCUCUGUCGAAUUUUGGUUUAGAGGAAACUGGUCAUUCUAAUUCUACCAUCACCACAUCUUCCACCAGGGUCACCAAGCAUAGCACUGUGCAACAUUCAUACUCUUAA